AUGACCAGAAACGCAACCAAUCAUCCCACUAGAGCAUCUCCGGGAGACCAGGGUCACCCUCCUCCCAAGCAACGUUCAAAGAUGGAGGAGUACGACAGAAUACAACGUAGGCAGCGCGCAGAGUUGAUCCUUUCACAGUAUGAUUUACUGAUGAAAUACGCUCUGGAGAACAAGCUGACCCGAGAGUAUUUUCGAAAGGUGGCUUUGGGCAUCCCUACAGACCCCGUCAUCAAGAAUUGGUUCCCAAUUUGA